AUGACGGAUGUGCGUGCUGUGACUUUCACCUCAGGUCUUACUGUUGAUCCGAGGCUGGAUGCGCUCACGGAGCUUGACAAGAAGUAUGUCCCGCGAAUUGAGAUCAACAAGAGAGAAUGGGAAAGGUUCAGUCCUUGGCGUUGCGUUACAGCUGACGCAGAUACGUUUAAGGAUGGAGAAACGUUGGUUACUGCGAAGCUCGUUGAUGAGAUUAUUGAGGAUGGCGAGAAGAAGAGUUCUCGAGAUGAGAUAAUUUAUGAAAGGCAUAAGCCAUGA